CAUGCACUGUGGGCUCAACUAUGGCGGACAUUUCGACUUUCAUAAAAAGACAACUUUUUCGAAGGAAUGAAACUUUUCUGCUACUUCUUCUAUUUGUUGCGUUAAUAUUCGUAUUCCUACUCAACCAGAAAGUCGGCUGUGAUGUGAAGAAUGACUCGCUUCCCCAGAAGGCCAUCAAAGCAAAUGAACAGUCAAUACCAGUGGAAUUAGAAACGUUUCUAUUUAUUAUGAUCUUAACAGCUCCUAAUGGCAAAGAAAGACGAGAUGCUAUGCGGAAAACAUGGCUUUCUAAUCUAGAAACUCUUCAUUCAUCGGUAGUUCCAAGAUUUGUGAUUGGAAUAAAGGAAUUAUCUCUAGAGGACAUGAAAAAUGUGGAAGAAGAAAACACUCGACAUCACGAUAUUAUAUUUCUUCCAGAACUUAAAGAUGCGUACAAGGACCUACCCAGCAAAGUUUUGCAAGCACUCAAAUGGAUCGAUCAGCAUGCGAAUUUUUCAUAUCUUCUUAAGGUUGAUGAUGAUAGUUUUGUACGGUUGAAUGUUAUCCUCAAUGAGCUCCAAAGCACAUAUUCAAUGAAAAGAUUGUACUGGGGUUUCUUUCGUGGAGAUGCACAUGUGAAAUUUACAGGUCCGUGGGCUGAAAAAAAUUGGAAUCUCUGCGACAGAUACUUGCCUUAUGCGCAAGGGGGUGGUUAUGUACUCUCUAGAGAUCUGGUCAAUUUUAUUGCUCGAAACUCAGAUUUCUUGCAAAAAUUUAACAGUGAAGAUGUAUCUGUAGGUAAGUGAAGCAUGUUUAGAGAUGGUAAGUAAAGUAGGUUUUUUUUAUUUUGGCAUCAUAAAACAGGCUAGUAUGGCCUAAGAUCCUUCCUAAGCACUUUUUCCUAUGAACAUUAAAAGGGAUGUUCAUCUGGGAAGUUGGUUCAGUCAGGUUUACAAGAUUCUGUAUUUUGUCAUUGAGAUCCAAGUAAACAGGGUAUUAUAAGUCUAAAAACUUUGGAAUACUUCAGGUAAGACCAUGAAAUAUCCCACCUGGCUCACCUCUCUAACGGAGCUGAAAUUUCCCUUGUAAGUAGUACAUCUCAGUUGCUAAACAAGCAUUUCCUGUAUGAACAAAACACAGAAUUUUGCUUGUGUGCUGGACCCAACUGCUGUAACCAGAAAUCACAGAAUGAAAGAAAAGCAAAACUAUUGCAAUCAGAGAUUACUUACAACGCUCAAUUGGUAAUUGUUCUAAUAUACAGGCUAAGGAAAAAUCUGCAGUUGGAUGUUUUGGGUAUCAUCUGAUGUAAAGGAAAUUACAAAUGGACGAAUGACAGUGGUGAUUAUGUUAUUACUGACGAGGUGUGAUACUAUAUUAUUCAAGGUUAUUCUCAAAGUAAUCCACCUUGAUUUUAGGAACAUGGCUGGCUCCUCUCCAAGUUAAUAGAGUCCAUGACUACAGAUUUGACACUGAAUAUCGUUCAAGAGGUUGCAAUAACCUUCACAUUGUUAGUCAUAAACAGUCUGUUUCUGAUAUGUACCAAAAACAUCGCCAAUUGCAAAAGGAUGGAAAGCUUUGUCAUCAAGAAACUCAUCUCAUGAACUCAUUCAUUUAUAAUUGGAGUGUGCCACCAACAAAAUGUUGUAAACGAAUGGGAGGUAUACCUUGAGACUGAUUUUUGACAGGGUAAGGGACAAAAAAUAAUUUAUAGUUAUGAUUAUUAUACAAGUCAUGGCUGUCUCUAUCUCAUUCCUAGCUGGCUACAAGCUUGCAGCUGAAAAUCAUUAUCUUCCUUUUUUUCACAGGUUAUCUUUACAGGCAAUAGUUUUAUUCUAUUCUUGUUAAAGUAAGGUUAAAAUGGCUUCAAAAAACAUAUAGUUUUCAACCAAUAAUGUUGCAGAAAUUCUUGGAUUCAGUUUUGGCAAGAAUUAUCAUGGCCACAGGUUGUUUUGUUCUUGUCCUUGUUCACUCUGACAGGUAUUUACUUAUUAACUAAUGAUGUUAGUAUUAUUCUGUAUUUACUAGUAAGGUUCAUAAAUUAACAAAAAUGGUAAAAUUUGCCAUAAAAAUGUUGGAAACAAGAGAUUUCAAUGCUAAAAGAGCAAUAUUUAUCAUAAAUGUAAUUAUAAUGAUGAAAGGAAAUAUUUUUCUCAUCUGUAGGUGGAUGAUGCCUUGGAAAAGUGAGGCUACAGUUUAAGAC